AUUUACUAACUUUCGUUCUUACAUUUGACCGUACAACACAUUCUAUAUUUAUUGGCCUUUCUCUCUCAUUCGUUCUACAAUUGUUUCUUGCUUUGCUUUGGUCGGUUUCAUUGAUCACAAAAUGCAGUCCAGCCCUUUGCUUCUUGAGGAACCCAUUAGGAUGGCAUCUGUCCUCGAGCCAUCCAAGCCUACUUUCUUUCCAGCUAUGACAAAAAUUGUUGGCACACUUGGUCCAAAGUCGCGAUCAAUUGAUAUAAUUUCCCGUUGCCUGGAUGCAGGAAUGUCUGUGGCAAGGUUUGACUUCUCAUGGGGUGAUCCAGAAUACCAUCAAGAGACAUUGGAAAAUUUGAGAGUUGCUAUCAAAAGUACCAAGAAACUUUGUGCGAUUAUGGUAGAUACUGUGGGUCCAGAAUUACAGGUUGAGAAUAAGACUGAUCAUCCAAUCACCCUUGAAGUAGACACAUUAGUUGUCUUAACUCCAGAUCAGAACAAGGAUGCAAGUUCAAAUCUCUUACCAAUAAAUUUUAGUGGGUUAUCAAAGGCUGUGAAGAAGGGUGAUAUUAUUUUUAUCGGCAAAUACCUGUGUACAGGAAGUGAAACAGCUUCUGUAUGGAUGGAGGUCAGUGAGGUGGAUGGUGAUGAUGUCACUUGUCUUGUAAAAAACACUGCUACACUCUCUGGAUCGUUGUUUACUGUACAUGUCUCUCAGACUCAUAUUGAUCUUCCUACUCUUACAGAUAAGGAUAAAGAGGUAAUAAGCACAUGGGGUGUUCAGAACAAUAUAGACUUCCUCGCAUUAUAUACCCGUCACGUUGAAGAUAUUCGCUAUGCACGUGAAUUUCUCUCUAAACUCGGGGACCUUAAGCAGACACAUAUUUAUGCAAAGAUUGAAAAUAUAGAGGGACUUAAACAUUUUGAUGAGAUAUUGAGAGAAGCAGAUGGUAUCAUCCUUGCUCGUGGAAAUUUAGGGAUAGAUCUCCCACCCGAGAAGGUGUUUUUAUUCCAAAAAGCUGCUAUUUACAAGUGCAACAUGGCUGGAAAGCCAGUUGUUGUCACACGUGUUGUGGACUCUAUGACUGACAAUCUAAGACCUACUCGUGCUGAAGCAACCGAUGUUGCAAAUGCAGUGUUGGAUGGCAGUGAUGCAAUUCUCCUUGGGGCAGAGACCCUGCGGGGACUAUACCCUGUAGAGACCAUUUCCAUAGUUGGAAAAAUAUGUGCCGAGGCAGAGAAAGUUCAUAAUCAAGAUUUGUAUUUUAAGAAGGCUGUCAAAUAUGUGGGAGAGCCAAUGAGCCACUUGGAAUCAAUUGCUUCCUCUGCGGUUCGAGCAGCUAUCAAGGUUAAGGCCUCUGUUAUUAUUUGCUUCACUUCAUCUGGAAGAGCUGCAAGAUUGAUUGCUAAGUACAGACCAACCAUGCCUGUGAUAUCUGUUGUUGUUCCUCAGUUAAAGACAAAUCAACUCCGAUGGACAUUCACCGGUGCUUUUGAGGCAAGGCAAUCACUUAUUGUGAGAGGUCUUUUCCCUAUGCUGGCAGAUCCACGACACCCGGCGGGGUCUAAAAGUGGAACAAAUGAAUCAAUUUUGAAGGUUGCUUUAGACCAUGGCAAGGCUUUUGGCAUCGUAAAGCCACAUGACCGAGUUGUUGUUUGCCAGAAAGUGGGUGACUCGUCAGUUGUGAAGAUUAUUGAGCUCGAAGAUUGAUUAGAACUUUUGAGGGAUCCAUAAUAAAACUUUUUCCGAACCUUUUCAUUCUAGCGUUUUGUGUUUCAUUAAAGUAACAGCAAUGAACACACGAGAUGCAUAUUAUAGAGUUUGCCCCACUCAUUUUGUUGAAUUGAGUCAUGUAGUCUAGUUCUACUAAUUGUCGAGUGAUUUAGAGUGGGAAAUAAACUUUGUAGUUUGAUUGUUUUUAUAGGCAAACACAGUUGAGAUAUGAUGGUACCAAAAUUGGAAAAUGUUACAACGAAGUAGUUUAUUCUUUAUUUUACUUUUUC